AUGAAGCUGGGAGCUGAGAGCCGAGUCUGGAGGGGAGGAGGGGGAAACUGGGAGCCUCGGAAUGGAGGAGGAGAGGGCGAGGAAAUGAACUACGUAGAAACCAAAAAGGUCUCUCUUUUCCUUCCGUCUUUCUCCCGCGCCCGCUUCCUUGACCCCCCUCCCCUCUUCCUCCAAGCCGGCUUCUCAUCUUCGUCCUCUGGCGGGAAAAUGGCCUCACAAUACCCGGCAGCACUCGCAUCGAUGGCUCUCUGGGCCUACCUAGGCUGGCUACCUACUGUAGAACGAGGGGCCCCACCAACGCUUUUACCCCUCCCCCUCCAAAACCCACGGGCGUCCCCAUCCCGUCGUCCACCCGUUUCCCGCAUGUGA